AAUAUUUUGUAAAAGAAUUUUAAAAAAUAUAUAUAAUCAAAAAUAAACAUAAAAAUUAAAUAAAUUAUAAUACACUCGUAUCCAGCUUUAGAUAGUUUUGCCAUUGGAUUUAUCGUUAUAUUAGUUUAUGGAAUGCGCUCUUUUGUACGUUGUGUCAGUUAAUUUCCAAGAAGGCCUAACAUAUUUCUUUGCAGCCUCCGUGAUUGCGUGGAUCUGUUACUCACCCCACCUAGUAAGAUCCCCUGACAGCAAUGAUUCUCGAUCGCAACAAAUUGAAUUUUAUUACGAUACAAUGGUUGCGACUUUUUUUUGUGGCAUUUUUCUUGGUCGACAAUACAACGACAUGGGCUCACCAUGCGACGGCCACACAAAAACAAACUCAACAACAACAGUCGCAACAACUACACCAACAGCAACAACAGCAACAUCAGCAAGAAGAAAACAAUAUAUCAAUGCAAGAUGUAACUGUACGUAAUUUUAGUCCACGCAUGGAUAACAAUGAAUGGCGACCGGUAGGCAGAGGCGAUCCUUUAAGAAAUGAUCCAACUUUUGAUUACAGUCCUCCUGCAUUGGAACGAGUACGUUACUGGGCCGAUACCGAAAAAGAUUUGCCAAAAACCGAAGAAUUAGCGGCAGCCAUAGUGGAUGCUAAGUUAAAAAAGGCUAAUCUCAGCAAAAAUGACAUACUUUUACUGGGUAUCAGCGGCGACGAUCGUUUCAGAGGUAACACUUUUCAACAUCAAACACCAUCGCAAACGUUUAAGAAUUCUAAAGGAGAGACACCUGUACUUCAGCCCAAAUAUACCUCAAUACGGCGCAGUUAUUAUGCUCAUCAAUUACCUACGCAUUUAAUGCCGCCCCCGCCAGUUCCACCCAUUAUGCCUACAUCUCAUACUAUUAAGCCAGCACAUGGCGAACAUCGUCAUACUAUGCCCAGCUUUAUGACUUCAGCUCCCGUAGCCCAUAUGAAUCCAUACUCAAAACAUUAUUAUUCGACUACUGCUACCGCGCCCUGGAUGCAUCAUGGAACUAAUUCCGUUAAAUCUUUAAGCUCUGUAGCCCCUCCGCACAUGUCUCACCCUCCCGACAUCCAUCAGCAAGAAUCUUCAAACUAUUUGGUUUAUGCAAGGCCAGGCUUAACAGUAUCUAGCGAAGGAUCUGGUCAUCAUGAAAUGCAUUCUCCCAAUUCCAUUCAAAAUCACGUCGGAAGUAUAAAGUACGGAUCAGUUUCUCGAAAACCUUGGAUUCACGAUCUUUUACAAAAAGAGUUUAUUAAAACACAAAAGCUUUCGACCACCACUGUUGCCAGCUCUCACGUGGAAACAGCAAAAUCUCAAAUUCAGGCAAAUUUUGAGCCUAUUGCAGGUCCAACCCUAGAUACAACCACUACUACUGUCUCCUAUAUAAGGCCCACAGCAAACACUUUUGUCAAUAGUAACAACACAACGCAAACGACACCUGUUUACAUUACGACAACUAAUAGAUACACUAGCCCACCCGCCAGAACCACCGCUACCACUACUACUACGCAUCCUACAAAAGCUAGUACAACUAAAUUAAAUACAACACGUUUACUAAUACCCAAUAGCAGUAAUCUGUCUCAUCGUCCCACUGUAGCACCUAUGAAAAUGACGACUGACUCUAUGUUCUCGCAUUACAAUCAGCCCGAAAAACCGUUGCAAGGUCCAAUGUAUCUUAUUAUUGAAGGUCACUCGAAAGUCAAAACAUAUGGUAAAGGCGAACUUGAUCCCCAUAAACCAAAAAUUGUACCUAUUAUACCCAAACGUGAACCGGUAGUUAGGAGAGGAGAUCCCAAUGAAAAAAGAGGUACGCCCGAGACAUUUAACGUGAAACAUUUGCACAUCAGAACGGAACCGACCAAGCUGAUGAGCUCUACAACAACACGGAAACCGAUAACAAUGCCUACGAUUCCAAAAGCAAGAUAUACCACAAAAGUAACUCAAAAGCCGGGUAGAAUGCCCACUACUACGAAGAGUGCCGUAAUCACGAAUGCAGCUACAAAAACCUUCAAUCCAUCUAAACUAAUUGUUACAACUACAUCCACUACGAAGAAACCAAUAUCUACCAAGGAACCAAAAUUUCAACGUAAAGAAUUUAAAUCGCCGCCAAGGGAUGUAAAAGCCAACGUGAUCCCAAAUGCUUUAGAAGUUACGAAAAAUUUCAAUAAAACUAUAAAGAACGAGGAACCGAAUGCUAUGCAAGACUUUUUCAGUUUAUUAGAUUCCUCUCUAGAUAGUUUACUAAAGAAUAAUGACUUAACCGAUUCUGCUUCAGCUACUACAGAGACUUACCAGAAUGACAUAACAAAAUUGAAACCAGUUAAUGCAAAUAUUGAAGGAAGAGUUAGCACUAGAUUCAAUAGUAUAUUGGCGGACCAAGAUGUUACGGUAUCCACUACUACUGCAACUUUACCUCGUGAAACGAGACAAAUUUUCGAUUACGAUCAGUUACCUGAGGCGAGAAAAAAACCGAAAGAGAAUGUUAAUUACAGCGAUUUUUAUGAAGACGAAGAUCGAGAAGAAGAUUUCUCAGAUAAGGCCGACGAAGAAGAAGAGGAAUAUGAAGAUGAUGAUAUUGAAGAUAAUGAAGAUCACGAAGAUAAUGAUCAUAUACAAAUAAUAAAGCGUAUUGAUCAGUUUGUUGGCAGUCAAAGUGACGAGAAUACAGAUCAAUUAGAAAAUUUUGACACAUUUAGCGACCUCAUCGAUGACGAAGGAGACAUCGAACUAGAAUAUUCCACAGAUAAAGAAAACGAGAAAACGUAAUCCUAAGUAUUUAAACAUUAUUUUUUUUCUUUUUUGGGA